CGCGCACCACCCCCCAAUCGCCUAUAUACAAACGAACCCAUCAUCCAUUUCUUCCCCCCACCGAAGAACCGAACCGAAGCAAUGGCGACGCUCUCCGUCCCCGCCGCCGUCCCGCCCGUCGCCGAGGACUGCGAGCAGCUCCGCAAGGCCUUCCAAGGGUGGGGCACGAACGAGAGGCUGAUCAUCUCCAUCCUGGCGCACCGCGACGCCGCGCAGCGCCGCGCCAUCCGCGCCGCCUACGCCGAGCAGUACGGCGAGGAGCUGCUCCGCGCCCUCGGCGACGAGAUCCACGGCAAAUUCGAGCGGGCGGUGAUCCAGUGGACGCUGGACCCGGCGGAGCGGGACGCGGUGCUGGCGAGCGAGGAGGCCAGGAAGUGGCACCCGGGCGGCCGCGCGCUGGUGGAGAUCGCGUGCGCGCGCACGCCCGCGCAGCUCUUCGCCGCCAGGCAGGCAUACCACGAACGCUUCAAGCGCUCGCUCGAGGAGGACGUCGCCGCCCAUGCCACCGGCGACUUCCGCAAGCUUUUGGUGCCUCUGGUAAGUGCAUACCGCUAUGAUGGCCCGGAGGUGAAUACAUCUCUGGCACACUCUGAAGCCAAGAUACUCCAUGAGAAGAUCAAUGAUGGGGCUUACGGUGAUGAUGAGAUCAUCAGGAUUCUCACUACAAGGAGCAAAGCUCAGCUGCUUGCAACAUUCAAUAGUUACAAUGAUCAGUUCAGUCAUCCCAUCACUAAGGAUCUGAAGGCUGAUCCCAAGGACGAGUUCCAGGCAACAUUGAGGGCGAUCAUAAGGUGCUUCACCUGCCCCGACAGGUACUUCGAGAAAAUCAUCCGAUUGGCUCUUGGAGGCGUGGGCACAGACGAGAACUCGCUGACGAGGAUCAUAACCACUCGCGCCGAGGUGGACCUGAAGCUGAUAAAGGAGGCAUACCAGAAGAGGAACAGCGUCCCGCUGGAGAAGGCUGUUUCCAAAGACACAACCAGAGACUACGAGGAUAUGCUCCUUGCCCUCCUGGGAGCAGAGUACUGAGGCGCAGGUCUUUGUCUUGCCCCUCUUGUUUGAUGGGGAAAUAAAACUGCGAAUUCUGUCGCUUUUUUCUGGAUGAUUGUACGUAAACUAGCCUGCAUGGCACUGCUCGUCUAAUAAAUCGGUCUUGUGUGUUGGUUUGUCAUUUUGAGCUGCGGAUUGUUGUACG